CAUCGCGUCGCAAAACCCAACAAUAACACACCGUGUGCCAAACAAUCACUCGCGCAAAAAGAUACCCCCUUCCCUACAGAACCUUAGAAUACACUACCUUUCUGGAGGUUGCCGCAUGACUGGUUGAGCAGUGUCCUUUACCUGCCGCUGGAAGGCACCGUACGCACACAUACUCCUCUUUGGCCUCCUCAAUACCGCAGAAAUGGACACGAGCUAUCUGGAGAAACAAGUCUCCACUAUCAUCAACAAGUUGCAUGAGUUAUUCGACGAGAUUGGCGUACCAAGCCAUGAGCGCGAUUCGCGAGAGUCUGAAUUGUUUGCGGCUCUAUCCGAGACGCUGCACAACCAGUUGCGGCUCGUGACCAAUGAGAAGCAUGAGAUUGCGGAGGAAGCGAACCGCCUUAUCACCACCAUAAAGCAGAUGCAGAUCAGCCUCGAAGGCAAAGAGCGCAACUCAUACGACUUUGACGAUGACUUGAAGGUCACCUACCCGCUCAAGCCUUGCCUUGAAGGCCUCAAGGAGAAACACAAAAUGGUGCACAAGCUGCAUCGCGAGCGUUAUGAGCAAGUCAAGAAGCUGGCGCAGGCCAUCGAAUCGUAUUCUUCACACCUAGAGCCGUCCUUUAUCAAGGUCAAGCUUCCGCCCACUUCUCCAAACGCCAGUUGCCCGCCAACAUUCGACUUGUCGCAUGCAUACUUCUCUUCUUUGGAUGAUGAAUUCACGCGCGUCUAUGAGGAAUAUGAGCGACGACUGGCAACCGUGAAGUCUUUGUGCUCAGAGAUUAUCAACCUUUGGGCAGAGCUAGGCACGCCGCAAGCCCAAACCGAUUCCAAUAUCGUCACCCUUUCGCGCGAAGCGCCGGAACAACUUGGUCUCCAUACCGAGGAUCUAAAGCGUUUGCAAUCAAAGCGAGACCGUCUGGUCGAAGAAAAGAAAGGUCGAGAGCGCAAAUUGAAGGAGUUGCGCACACAGAUUGAGGCUCUUUGGGAGAGACUGGGCGUUCAGGAACCCGAUCGGAAGGCUUUCCUCGCAGCAAAUAGGGGCUGCGGAAUGCGAACGAUUAACGAAUUUGAGGAUGAGCUGAAUAGGCUCAUAGAACUGAAGCGUCAGAACUUGGGCUUGUUUGUUGAAGAUGCCAGGGUCAAGCUGCAAGAAUUGUGGGACAGCUUGUACUUCUCUGAAGAAGAGAUGCUCGAAUUUACACCUGCUUUCUCCGACGUUUAUAGCGAUGCCCUGCUCUCUGCACAUGAAGCUGAGAUUGAGCGGCUCGAAGCCCUACGGGAGCAGCGUGCGCCAACUUUAGCUCUGAUCGACAAGCACCGUAGUUUGAUAAAGGAGCGUGACGAACUCGCGGCCUCAAGUCAGGAUGCCUCACGCCUGAUGUUGCGAGGCCAGAAGGGUGAGAAGCGUGACCCUGGCAAGUUGCUCCGCGAAGAAAAGAUGAGGAAGCGCAUUGCAAAGGAGUUGCCAAAAGUCGAGGCAGAACUUAGAAAGAUGCUUGAAGCCUGGGAAGACGAAUAUGGCCGGCCAUUCCUCGUCCAUGGUGAGCGGUACAUCGAUGAGCUGGAUGUGUCUCAAGCGAAAGCUCCGCCUCCUCGUUCAAAGACGCCGUCAAUACCCACAAACUCUGCCAAGGCGACCACGAAGACUACGACGACCAAGGUACCAUUGAAGGGUGAGCCAACUGCCCGUACUGGGACUGUGCGUGGAGCACCACCAUCUCGUGCGAAGACACCGACAAACUUUGGCAGUACGAUCCGCGGUGGGCAGCCUCCAUCCACUCGUGGUGGCGAUACAAUCAAAACAAGGUCUGCCACAGUGAAGUCAGCCAACAAAUCGCCGACGCGCAUCCCAGCGCGCGCACCACUGAGUAAUCUUCAGCAUGGAAGCAACUCUCCCGAGCGGCAAUACACCUCUACCACAGUCAAGAUGGCACCACCGCGUCUCCCUCCCCCGAAGAUGCAAGAUCUCUUUUCGAAAUCGCAGCUGACGCCUGGCCCUGGCCGGGAGUAUAGCAACGAGAAUGUGGAGCGCAGCGGGAGCAUAAUACGGCAACUGCCACCGGAGGACCCAUACGAUGACCGCGCGGGCGCACAUUCGCAAAUGAGCCAUCAUUCGUAUAUGUCGCGAUCGGCAUACAACCCCUCGCAGACAUCAAACUAUUCCAUGUCCUCAAACGAAUCCACCUUCCACGCAUCGACGAUGAAUAGCCACCAUCCAGCAAACGUAGGUCGGUCGUAUGCCUACGGCCAGUACCCGCGUGAGUAUCCUAUGGCGCCGCCAUCUCGUCCGCAGUCGAGGCAUAUCUCCGUUCAGUCUUCACAGUCAAACAACUCGCAGCCUUCGCAGGUCUCGGGGUCGGAGAACUGGGAGACGUACGACGACGCCAGCGAGCCAGAAGCGGACGCCACGGACGCAUACUACGCAAAGUUACGGCUGCAAGCCAGCCGCGGGAAGAGACUAACGCCCGAGGGCGGCCACGGACCCCAGCGUGGCACGGUGGGAAAGAAGCCCCGUGGCCUCAUCGGCAACGGCAUAGGCGUCGUCGUCGAAGGCGUGGAUGGCCAGCUGGUAGAGGGAAGUGAAGCAGGAUGGACGGACGAGGAUGGCUUCUGAUUAAUCUCCAUCACGGAGGCAGCGUGAUCUCGCCCAUUCUUCUCAGCUCUCCGUCCCCUAGGCGGAGUUGUGUUGAUUUCCUUCUGCCCUCGGCUCUUCUUUUUUAAAAUCAUUCUCUUUUCACUUCUUGCGUGUCAUUUUCUUGAACUGCUACAGUGCACUGGACGGACGAACCUUUAUGCUAAAAAAGAUGAGACGAACGAGAGUUUCACGUACGUAUGCUUGUGUUGAAUGUACGCACGCGAUUACGGCAGCUCCUGGUCUUCCAUCACCAGACUUUUCUUGUACUUUGUACACGGCCAGCGAUAUUAUACGCAUCUGUGGUUUUGGGAGCGGCGCUCGGAGCGACUGUUGGUUUUCAGAUGAGUGGGAAUCUUGGGAUUAUUGGCACUGGCGUUGUAGGAUUAUCCGUAGCACUACAAGUUAUAGUGAAAGCCUCAGGGCAAAUGUCUUCGACUUUGAAAUUGAAGAAUUCCAGGUCGCCUUG